GGGCGGGAGAUGGCGGAGCAGCUCGUGCACCCGGAGCCGCAGAGUCAGGCGGCGCUGACCCGGGCCUUCCGCCUGUUCGACAAGGACGGCGACGGCAUCAUCACCACCGACGAGCUGGGCGCGGUGAUGAAGUCGCUGGGCCUGACGCCCCGCGAGGCCGAGCUCCGGGCCAUGGUCCGGCGGUUGGACGCCGACGGCAGCGGCACCGUGGAGCUGCCCGAGUUCCUCGAGGUGAUGGCCCGGAAGCUGAAGGCCGACGAGCGGGUGAACGAGAUCCGGGAAUCCUUCCGAGUCCUCGACCGCGACGGCAACGGCUUCAUCACCCCGACCGAGCUCCGGCACGUGAUGGCCAACCUGGGCAAGAGGCUGAGCCCGCGCGAGGCGGCCGACAUGAUCCGACAGGCGGACACUGACGGCGACCAACAGGUCAACUAUGAGGAGUUCCUGCUGAUGAUGAUGUAGAGUGAAGGGGUACAAGAGCGAUGGGGUGGGGUUUGCUUCUGAGAGUUGGGGCAUUUUUUUUCUUUUCUGCCCCCUCUCUCUCUCUCUCUCUCUUUUUAAC